ACUCACUUUAUUUCAACUAAUUCCCUUACCCACUCCAAAAAUCCUAUAUAAAAUCCCCAAUCAAAUAAUAAUAGAAAAAGUAGCUACUCUUAACUUUCCUCUUCUGUUCCUGGAAGCAUAGCCCUUCAAGAAACACCAUCAAAGCUUGCAAGUUUCAAUAAUGGAUGAAUCUGGGGAGUACCCAAAGGAGUACUACACCAGCAACGGCAACCCCAGGAGACUGACUUCAACAUCCUCAUCUUCUUCGUCAACGACGAGCGUUCACGUUACCGCCUUGGAUGGCCUCGUCAACGUCAACUCCCUCUUCACCAUCGCCGUCUUUGUGGGCCUUUCUUUGGCCACUCCUGGCCAACACAGUCUCGAGAACCGAGCCCCCUGCGACGCCGGCAUUGACGUAGCUAAAAAGCUCUUGGUCUUCGAGGUCGUCUCCUUCAGCUUCUUCCUUUUCUCCUCCCUGGUGGCUCAGGGUCUAAAGCUCGCCAUCAAUUUGUUGAACAGCAAAGAUGUGGAUGAAGCUUUCAGGGCACACAUUAACCUUAAAGUAUUGAGGUUUGGGAUGAUGGGCUCCGCCGUCGGGUCCGUCAUGGGGUGCUUGUUUCUGAUGCUUUCAAUGGUGAACGUGAUCGAGAUCCGGCUGGGGUUGUUGUCCUGCGGCAGCCAGUCCUCCAUUCAUGCCACGGCGGCUUUAGUCAUUCUGGUUUCUUCUGCUCUCUUGGUUUACAUUUCCACUGCUGUUUAUGCUUUCUUGCAUUGAAUCAUUUAAAACAAAUCGGUUUCUGUAAACUUCACCAUUGUUAGCCUUGGUAAACAAAUAUUGUAAAUUAAAAAUCGUGGGUUGCUUGCUUUUGUUUUCGUUUUAUUUUCGGUUGAGUUAAAUUGAGAAUUCAAGUAUCCAAUGAUUAGUUUUACUUCUGUUUCUCAA